UGCGGUUAGUCAGAAGUUGAACGUGUUGGCGAGCGCGAGUGCCUGGUAUUAAGUGUCUAGUGUCGAGUGUUUAGUGCAAUAAAUACAAACGGAUUAUUGAACAAGUGAAAGAAGGACUAGAAGAUCCUUUAAGAUCAGAAUAUUGAAAACACCAUCAAGGGUGUGUGUGUGUGUUAAAAAUUUUCAACACAACCAAGUGAUCGUAAAUGCAUAGUUGCCAUGAUUUGGUGUAAAAAUUAUGCGUUGCUGGCAUUUGUGCUGGUCUUAUCGGUGUCCUCGAAUGCGUUGUCUCAAGACAAAAAAACCACAACUGUGGCAGCGGAACCUCCUCAGGAUGAGGACACGAUCGAUCUGACUCCACCUGCAGUCCUUACAACCGAAAAAGAUGAUGAUGAACGCGGUGCAGGGCAGAUCGUGGGUCAGUCUUUGCUUCCACAGCUCUUAGGCCAGUCCCUCUUGCCGAGACCAUUGAAUUUAUUUAGCGCUAUGUUUCCGGCGCUGAACUCCUUAUUACUCAUGGGUAAUCUGUUUCCUGCAGCAUCGCUUUUGGGCACACCCUCAUUGCUGGGCUCAACGCAUCAAUUAGGACCCGCACAGAAUGACGAAGUGCCAGCCGAUUCCAAAGUGGUUUUAGUAUUAGCUGAAGAUCGUAAUCCUCAUGCUGCGAUGAGAGCUGCACAUCAGGAAGCUGCACGAACAAUUCGUCAAAAUGAUAUGUUUAGCCAGCUGCUGGCACAAUUUGGACAAGCUGAUUUCGGUCAGAUGCUAUCGCAGUCAUUGGAACAAAUACAACAACAAAAUGCUAAUCCGUUACUGCAGCAAUUUGUACCGCUGGACUUCUCCCAAACAAUGGGUCAACUUUUAACCCAAACGUUUCAGCAGUUCCCGGGUUUAGAUCUGUCGCAGUUUCCAAUGUUGGGGCAAGCACCACCCUCCGCUGAUCCGUCUGUAGGUUCAGCAUUACCGCAAGCGGAAGGUGAAGCCGCAGCUUCGGCGGGCGAUGCUGCACCACCGACCCCAGGAUUACAGUUUCUGAAUUUCCAAUCUGCUUUAGAUGCCGGAACCCAAUUAUUGGGUCAAGCUCUGCAGCAACCAACUGGUGAUCCAAGUACUGGCUUCCAGUUACCAAAUUUUCAAUCAGCUUUUGAUGCAGGCAGCCAAAUGCUGGGACAAGCUUUUCAACAAGCUAAUGGCGAUGCUGUUGGUGGGUUUCAACUACCCAACUUUCAAUCUGUCAUAGAUACUGGCAACCAAAUGCUGAGCCAGGGCGGCAGCUUAUUUAAUCUUCGUCCACUACAAUCAUUAGAUGCAUCCGCGUCUGCCUCAGAUGCAGAACCAGCGGCUUCUCAGAUAUCUGAAGUCCGUGUUAAACCAGAUACCAUGCCUUCGGAUCAACCCAGCGCCCAAGAAAUGCAAAAGGAUAUGAAUAUGGAUGAAUUAAAAAUGAAGUCUGCUUUGCAAAAAGCUCUUCUCCACAAGAAAUUGCCAAUUUUGUGGUUCCGUAUUCCCGCUGAUUCACUUGAAAAGGAUCAUGACCUUGAAACGAAAACACCUAAUGCAUCUAAAUUGAAAAACGGCGAUGAAAAACAAAUACAAACAAAGUUGCAAGCAUUCCAACGCCAAGUUAUAACCGAACUAAAGCUGCUGCAGGACAUAGAGCGGCAGGCUAAGGAAAUGCGUGCCGCGUCAAUGGGCGCAACGUCAAAAACUUUUAAGGAUAAUGCCAACACACAAUCCAGUAUGUUGAGUAAGAUACCAAUACAUAAGAUAACCCGCUCAGAUAUUGAAAAAGCGCUGAACGACGAUUACGUUAAAAAGCUGCUGCAUAAAGCUGCGAUUGAAAAUCGUAAGGAAGCUGGAAAGACGACCAUUUAUACUCCCAGUGGUAUAAAUAUUAAACGUCAAACCUCCAAGUCUAAGAUAACCCCACGACAAAUGACAAGAGAUGACAUUGUUCGCAUGAUGGCCUAUGCAUAUCGGAUGGCAAAUGCUAACGGAAUACGGAUGCUAGAAAGUCCAGAAGGUAAGAAGCCAUCGAGCGAUUCUGCAUCAGAUGGCAAUCAAGCCUCCGGAGAUACCUCAAAAACAGAUGAACGUAAAUGGCCGUCAGAUGCAAAAACCACCAUGGAGAGACAGUGGAUGGAUGAGGAAAAGCAGAUGCCAAACCCAAACACUUUCCAACAGGAUCCCACAUUAAUGCAUGCGGGUAGACAAAUGCAACAAAAUAUGGGUCGGCAGUGGCUUGAUGAGCAAAAUCCGAGCCAUACAAAUCAGCCACAAGCUCAGCCAAUAAUGGAACAUCAUCGCCAGGCACUGGAAGAUAAUCCCCAAAUGAAUUCACAACGUCAGUGGGUCGAUCACAAAUCUGACAUGCUAAAUUGGAUGCAAGACAAUUCCCCAAUGCCUAUGCAACGUCAGUGGCUGGAUAACCCAAGCAUGCCACCAAUGUCAAGCCAAAGAGCGGAUGGACGAAUGUGGGCAGAGCAACAGCCACAGGUAGCCAUGCAGCAACCUAUGAUGAUGCCGCAAAUGCCGAUGCCAAUGAUGCAACAGCCCCAGAUGGUUGCACAGCAAAUCCCGAUGGAAUUGCAACAAAUGCCAAUGCAACAGCCCCAGAUGGUUGCACAGCAAAUUCCGAUGGAAUUGCAACAAAUGCCAAUGCAACAGCCCCAGAUGGUUGCACAGCAAAUUCCGAUGGAAUUGCAACAAAUGCCAAUGCAACAGCCUCAGAUGGUAGCACAGCAAACACCAAUGGAAUUACAACACAUGCAAAUACAACAGCCCCCGAUGGUGGCGCAGCAAACACCAAUGGGGCAGAUGCCGAUGAUGAUGCAACAGCCCCAGAUGGUGGCGCAGCAAACACCCAUGGGACAGAUGCAGAUGAUGAUGCAACAACCUCGGGUAUCAAUGCAGGAACCGCCGAUGCUAAUGCAGCACACGCCUAUGAUGAAGCAACAGCCUCAAGGCGAAUUUCCGCAAAUGGGUGCGCAAAGCGAUACAAUGAUGUUGCAACAAAUGUCACCGGAUAUGCAACGGCAAACUCACGAACAAGACAUGGUCGGUGAGGCUAUGCCACAAAUGCCUGAGAAUACUGGAAAAGCUCGAUUUAAAGGCGGCUCCAUUUUCGAUGAACUUGAUUUGUUUGGACUGGGUGGAGGUGGCAGUGAUAAAAAGAAAAAAGGAAAAGGGGAACCAAAGCCUCCUUUGAGACCGACAAUUAUCAAUUACUAUUACAACGCUGGUCGUCCAGCAACUUAUGGCAGCGGUGGUUAUAGCGGUGGAAGUGUAAGCUAUGGGUCAAGUAGUAAACCGAGCUAUGGUGCGAGUUACGGUGGCGGUGCUGGUGGAGGUUAUGGCGCCUCCAAGCCUUAUGGUGGAAGUGUCCCAAGUUAUGGCAGCUAUGGAAGUGCAGGACCAAGUUACAGUAGCGCUGGGUAUGCAGCGCCUAGCACGGGAUCCUACCGAACAGCUAUUGGAGAUGAUGAAAUCCAAGCGAUGCUUCAGGAACACACACAUAUGAAAAUGAUGUCCGACAGCGAUCGCAAACCCGUUACCACCGCAGUUGUGCCAACUGCAACAACAUACCAGACAACGUCGACGGCCACCGAAGACAACAAACAAAAGCCCCCACCAUUGCAGACGGAAACAUCUUCGAUUCGCCAUAAGAUAAAUUCUACAACAACCACAACCACUGUAAUCCCGCCAACCACAACUUCUUCAAAGUUAUCAAGCUCUAGUGUUAAUCCCGAAACUUCAUCUUCCAUGGAUCCCGAAAAUGUAGGCUCGUUUUUCAGUUUCAGUCCAAGUAUUUUAACGCCUUUUAUGGAGCUACAAUCUAUACCGUUAUAUGAAAGCGAUCCCUGGAAUCACAAAUCUUUUGACUUACACUAUCCUCUCUAUCAGGGUGGUGGCAGUUAUCAGCCCUAUUUAAAUAGUAAACGAUUAAAACGCAAAACUCAUGGUUACACAAACAAUAUACUCACACCCAGUAUUUUGGAUCAUUUCUUGAAAGUACGUGUACAAUUUGAAAAGAGUUUUCCACAGCUUUAUAAAAGCUUACGCGAUCAACAGCGUGCUCUUAAUUUGACAAGGGUAUCCGUUAAGCCGCCGGUGAUACCUAAAGAAGUGAUGUAUCCACCAACAGAAUUGGGUGCUGCCGAAUUGUUACCCUUAGAUAUAAGCUCCACUCAAACUAUUGAACCGAAAGCUAAAAAUGAAGAUGUUAUAGAUUAUUUUUUAUUUGAUGAUGAUGAUUAGCGUAUUUAAAAAAAAUUCUUGAAAGUGGCCUAUCAAAAUGUGUAUCUACAAUAAAUUAAAACUUUUAAAUAUGUAAAAUA